AGUCCAGACUUUAUAGGUCAAAGGGAGCUCGCACUUCAGACGUUAAGCAGAGUUCCACGUAAACGCCGGUGUCAUUUUUUAUUAGCCUGAAAGAAGAUAUCAGAUCGUAAAGCAAAAUGUUACAGUUUGGGAGCUUGAUAAGAAACCUUAAUGCAAGGAGCGGUGCUUUGUUGGCCCUGAGAUGUUUUCAUGUAUCUGCCACAGGACCUGUGACGCAGUUCCUUAAGACAUCAUCCCUUGGGAAGACCAGACAAAUCGCAUAUCAGAAGAUUGAUGGCAUUCGUAGUCCAGGAAUCAUAUAUAUCCCAGGUUUCAUGUCCCAUAAGGCUGCUACAAAAGCAAAUAUGCUACACAUGUUUUGCCAGGAGUAUGGCUUCCCAUAUGUCAGGUAUGAUCCUAGUGGCUUGGGCGAGACAGAAGGGGUAAAGCAGACAGAGACAACUUUAACUGUAUGGUUGGAAGAUGCUGCCCAAGUGCUCUCAAAUUUAACAGAUGGACCACAGCUUGUAGUUGCUUCAUCCAUGGGUGGCUGGAUAUCAUCAAUCCUAGCAAAAAGGUAUCCUGAGAAAUUCAGCAGUUUGCUUAUGUUAGCUCCAGCCAUUAACUUUGGAAGGAAGUACAUGGAGGUCCUCCUGUCUCAGUUGCCCCCUGGACUAGUAAAGAAAUUUGAAGCAGAUGAAGUAGUGAAGCUUUUUGUCCCUGAGUAUGGUGAGUUCCCCCUAAGGAAGAGCAUGUUCGAAGACAUGAAGAAACACGAGUUAAGCAUGGAGGCCGGCAGUAUUCCAGUACAGUGUCCAACUAGAAUUAUACAUGGUGUAAAGGACAAGGAUGUACCAUACAAAGAAUCCCUUCAAGUGCUUAGAGCCUUGCAAACAAAUGAUGUUCAGCUGCUGUAUAUCAAGCACGGUGGGCACCAACUCUCAGACAGUGCCAGCCUUGAAAUAAUCUGUGACACUAUUCUUAAAAUGACUGCCCCAACACAUAAAAAGGAUUGAGUUUAA